GAAAUGCAUCAAUUGAUAGUUUAAAGGAAUGCAAAUUUGGAAAAGAGUUACAAGAAAAAGUUACAAACGAACAAGAAAUAGAAAAGGUACAAGAGACGAAAAGUCAAGUUCAUCGAUCAUCAUCUCCGCCAAUCCCACAAAGAUUCUCAUUCUCAGCAUCGAAGCAAGGUUCAUACGUUGAACCAAUACUUCAACAUGUUGAAAGAGCUCUUUUUAAUUUGAUUACAAGAUAUGAAAAAUACAUCCCUUCCAAAACC